UAUAAUUAAUGAUUAAAAAAACUAGCGUUGUUCUCCAGGGAUGUGUGUUAUGGCGUUUGGCGCAUUUAAAAUUUUGAAAUAAUGGCGUUUGGCGUGUCACGCGAAGAUUUUGGCGCACAUCCCUGUUAAUCUCUAGCGAGUUGUUCUCCAGUGAGUUGAUCUUUUGGGUUGUCUCGUAUUUUAAUUGUUAGUGAAUUUUUAUUGUUUUCUUAGACUAUAGUUUUCCGAAAAUAUUUUUGUAUGUUUUGAACUAACAUAAAAAUUUUUAUUUAUUUUUUUCUUCCUAAAAUUAAAUUUCCUUUAUAGAUUUAUUUUUUAAUUUUCUUUUUUAAAUGCCCCAAGAAAUUAUGGAGGUUGUGGAGCAAAAUCAAACAAUUGACUUGACAGCCGAUAAAGAUGGAGGGGUUUUGAAGACUAUAAUAAAGCAAGGAAUUGAUUUAAAUAAACAUCCGAGGAAAGGCGACACAGUUUUUAUUCAUUAUACUGGAACAAUUAAAUCAACUGGAAAAAAGUUUGAUGAUAGCAGAGCUCGUGACCAACCUUUUUGUUGUUCUUUGGGACGUGGACAUGUAAAUUAAAUAUAAUUUUUUUCUUAAAUUUGUCUCUAAGGCCUUUGAAAUUAUCCAAAAUUUAAAGGCCCGCAACUAUCCGGAAAUAGCUCCAUAUGGGAAAAAGCCCGAAAAUUGGUAUAGGAAAGGGUAAUUCUUCGAUUUAGACCUCCCCCCACCAUUUUCCGGAAUCUCUGACCAUUCUGAGCUUUCCCUGACAAUUUUGACUCAGCUCGAAAAGUUCUUUCGAAUGAUAUUUAAUUAGCCAUAACAAGAUAACAGAUGCCGCAUGGGAUUCAGAAAAAUGAUGGGGAGAUCUAAACAAAAAGAAUUCCUGAGGAAAGUAGCCAGACUCUAUAUAAUAGGAGCAGAAAAAUUUACAAAAUUAACACUCACAUUUUGUCUGUGUCCCUUGUUAAUCGAAUUCGGGAAGCUAGGG